AUGUAGGAAAGUGAAUUGUCAAGUUCGCUUAACUUCUUUAAAAAAAUUAUUUACUUAAUAAUUUUAAGGCAAGGGGUUUCCUCAAUUUUUUAAGUCAACUUAUCACUUUUUACAGUGCAAGUAUAAUUUUUUUUUUUUGUAAUUUGUAUCUCAACUAUUUUACAUUUUUAUCAUCAUUCUGGCUUUCACAUAAUUUUUUAACAAAAUAAAAUGAUGGUAACACCUCCAAAAUCAGUGUCCUGAAGAACUGAAUGCUAAUAAACAAUGAUUUACUGCAACCUUAAAUAGCCAAAUCAUUAUUAUGUAAAAACAUUAGUAAACAAAACAUCAGAUCCUUAGACAAACCUAAGCAUAAACAUUCACAGUUUAUCAGAGGGGAAGGGACACUUGACUUCAUGAAUAGCGAUAAACGCAAAAAUGACAGAACGGCAAAUGACAAAGUAGAACUUAUGACAACAGUGAUUAGCCUAUUAUGUUCUUAAUAAACAAUUUUGACUUCACAAGAAGACAUGUACCCUGCAAAAUAUUUUUGUCUGUUUGUAACACAAAGCUACCGUUUGUCUUCAGAAGAUGUAGAAUUAGUGCAUUAGUUUUAUGAACCACUUCUAUGGUAAGCUUGAAGAUGUCUUUUGUUCCACAUGGUUUGGAAAGACAUAAAAGGGACUAAAGUGUCAUUUUUCUCCUAGAAACGAGCGACUAUCCUGCUUGUUCCGGAAACAGGCAUUACUUAAUAAUAAUCUAACAUACAACGUUAGUUAGUCAUUGUCCCUAAACAAGUCUUGAUAUAAUAAAGGAUUAAGCGUGUCAGUUAAAAUGUAUACAGUUUGAAGGCCUCCCUAAGGUGUAUCGCUGGGAAGGGCUGCUAUUUUAUACGCACCUGGACAAACCAGUUCUCUGUGCCCACUGAUUGGCUCAAUCAUGCCGUUCUGUCCUGCUCAUCCGGUUUUAGCUAUACUGUUAUUCUGUUAUUUCCCAUCCCACAGUUUUACCCAGAGAGCAUUCUGAGUUGUACACACAGCUGGACUGUACAGGACAAUAUGCUGGCUAUUCUCUUCAUUCUUGGGAUGUUGUAUCCCCUAAACGUUGCAGGAAUACCAAUUGAACUGAUGGAUAUUAAAACGGUGUUUGAGAAUAUAUUCACAGACGUGUUUCUGCGGAACUGUUCUCUUUACGGAAACACAAACGCUACACUGCUGUACUCGGAAGCAUCCGCCACUGAAAACAAAACACUCGUUCUAUCUUGUAAUGCAAUUAAGCCGAACCUUCUGCAAAACCUCAAAGGAACACAAUACUCCAUGUGGUACCAAAUUGGAAAUGAAACAAGCCAAGUUUUGAUUAGGAAAACUACCGAUGUCACUAAUUACCAGAACAUAGACAGCGGUCUUGAAGCGCGCAGUGGGGCCAUGGUGGUCAUCACUGUCAUUCUGUCUUUGGCUAUGGUGCUCCUCGUCGUGGGCCUCAUUAUUGUCAUCUUCUUUUCUAACUAGCUGAACAUGAUGCACUUCAACACUGUACAUGAUGUGUGUUUAAUUUCAAAAAUAACACAGACACAUUUCAGAUACUUUCAGAGAUUACUUUCUUUUCACUUGAAGUCUAUACAAUAACAGUGUAUCUAUAAUGUAACAGGGAAUUACACAAAUGUAUAUAUUUAUCAAUUAUU